AUGAAGCGCCACUGGCGUGAGAAGUAUAGCUGGAAGUCCAGCAGCAGCAAAGGCCGACCCCAGGCCGCCGCUCAAGAGAUAGCUCAGCAGCAGAUCCAACAGUUUACCCGCAUAGUCCCAUGUCAACAGGCAUUCAACCAUGGCACAGGCAGCCAUUACAUCCACGUACGAGGCCAACGUACAGCCCCACGUCCACCAGUAGAACCGGCUGUCCAGCAGGCGUCCCAGAUCCACGCAGAGCUCGACAAGAUGGAAGCGCUGUACCAGCAGCAUUAG